AAUCCCCAUAAAUAAUACUAUUCGUGGACCAGCUAUAGCUAUAUUUAACAAAUGUUAUGCAGAAUUUGAUAUUGAGCCUUAUUUACUUGCUUAUUUUCUGCACCUGGGUUAUAGAGGUCUAGGCUUAUAUAAAGGGACGUUUCGCCAAAUUUGUGAGAUUGCCGUUAAAUACUAUAAAAGUAUUUAUAGUGAUGAAGCUGCAUGUCGCCAGAUGACUACGCAACUUAUUUAUUAUAAUAAUAAGGAAUUUCUAUAUGACUUCGAUUAUGAUUUUUCCAAACCACCUAGUUUGUGGUGGGGUGUAAUUGAAGACAAAUAUUCUAACCUUCAAAAAUUUGCACAAAUCGUUUUUGCAAUAAUGCCUUCACAAGCAAAAAGCAUGGCUCAAAUUCAUUCGUUUUACAUCUCCAAUCUCAAGAAUGAACUUAAAUUUUACGGAAAAGAGUUAUCAGAAAGUGAACUUCAUGAUAGUGCAUUAACUCAAACAACCUAUACAACAACGAACAAUAAUGAUAUAAUUUGCGAACUAAAUGAUAUUUCAGAAUCUUUUCAAUUCUCAAAUCAUAAGAAUCUUGAAAUUGAGUCAAUAGUUAAUUUGUCGAGUACAAAUUUUGGUGGACAAGAUAAUGAUAAAGAAAUACCUCAUACAACCAUAACCCAGGGAAGUGGUAAUAUGGAUUUUGAUCCUUCGACUAUCGUAGAAAGUGAACUCUAG